CAUUUUACAACACUCUUUGUCACAUUCCACCACCAACAACAACAAAAUAUCCAACCUGAGGGCACACAAAUAUUGUUAAAAUAAAGACGCAUAAAAGGGCGUAUAACUAUAAAGAUCGAGUAAAGCAAACUCUGCAAUAGAAUGUCCGUGAAAGACUUUAUCAAGGGGCUGCCCAUUCACGAUUCGAGCAACUUUACACACUUGAGUAAUGAGCAUGGGAUUCGAACAUCGCAGAAGAGGGCCUCCGUUUAUCUGCCCACUGAGGACGAGGCCUCCGAGCAGCUGAUCGUGAUGGACAAGCGCUGUGUUCUGCUGCGCUAUCUCACCCAGCAAUGGGACAAGAAGACUCUUCAGCGAAAACGUGAGCACGGAGGAGAAUCUGGAAACGGCAACGGAAAUAGUUCAACUCCAAACGGCAACGGCACUAACAGCAAAAAGCGCCCACGCUUGGACCCCAACGAACUGAAUUAAGGCAGGACCUAAUGGAAAACCACACAAAAAACCUCUCCCAACACUCAUAAUCGUCCCCGACCUUCGCCAUCACGAGCCACCAUUCAUUUUCAUAAAUAUGUUAAAAUAAAACUAUACUAAGUACAAAGGAGUUGCAGUCGAAUUUUCUUAAGUCAAAGUCGCAUUAUAAAUUUGCGUUAAAAAAAAACACUUGUUCUUUGUUAAAAAAAUUCUAGACUUUAGAGCCUUUCUUGUAAUUUAAAUUGUAACCAAAUUAACUUAGUUCGAUUAUCAGAUUUUGUGUUUUUUUACGGCGAUAUUUUGUAAUGAGGUGAAUAUUAUUAACACUUUGUACUUGAAUAGGUCAAUAAACGUCUCGAUUUUUUUAAAUUUCGAA